CACCCUGCCCUCUUCCCCUCUCAUCCCCAUCUGUCCCCUCUGCCACCAUGAGGAACAUUUUCAAGAGGAACCAAGAGCCUAUUGUGGCUCCUGCCACCACCACCGCCACGAUGCCCAUUGGACCCGUGGACAACUCCACCGAGAGUGGGAGUGCUGGGGAGAGCCAGGAGGACAUGUUUGCCAAACUGGAGAAGUUCUUCAAUGAGAUUAACAAGAUUCCCUACCAAGGAGUUCUAUUAUCAGAGUUGCUGUCCAACCUGUACUUGCAUGGGAACCAGAACACGCUGAUGGAGGAGUCGGCAGAACAGGCACAGUGGCGAGAUGAGAUGCUGUGCAUGUACCACGUGCUGAAGGAGGUGCUCAGCAUCAUCGGUGACAUCAACACAACCACCAUCAGCACGCACAUGGGGGCCCGUGGACAACUCCUGGCUGCAGGUGCAGAGCGUCCUUGCCAGAUGCAGGCCUGGUGGCUGUUACAUUGGGCUCCCCAAGGUGAGAAGUGGCCCUGGACCAGUUGGUUGGAAGACAGGUUGGAAGACGACUUGGAAGACAAGUUGGUUGGUGACCAGAGAAGAGGGAAGCCCAAAGGGGCCGAGCGUUGGUCUGACCUGUGGGUACACUGCCAGGGUGCAAUGGAAGAGGCCAGCAUGUGUGGGGUGAGGAGGGCCGCCACAGUCCCCAGGCACUACCUGUGA